AUGGAAUUUUGGAACUCCACCUUGGGAAGUGGCUUCAUUUUGGUAGGAAUUCUGGAUGACAGUGGCUCUCCUGAACUGCUCUGUGCCACAAUCAUAGCCCUGUACAUGUUGGCUCUGAUCAGCAAUGGACUGCUGCUCCUAGUCAUCACAAUGGAUGCCCGGCUCCAUGUGCCCAUGUACCUCUUCCUUGGACAGCUCUCUCUCAUGGAUCUCCUCCUCACAUCAGUUAUCACACCCAAGGCUGUUAUCAAUUUUCUACUCAAAGACAAUACCAUCUCAUUUGGGGGCUGUGCCCUUCAGAUGUUUCUAGAACUCGUACUGGGCAGUGCAGAGGACCUCCUUCUGGCCUUCAUGGCCUACGACAGGUAUGUGGCCAUUUGUCAACCUCUGAACUACAUAAUCUUGAUGAGUCACAAGGUCUGCUGGCUCCUGAUAGCCACAUCAUGGAUCCUGGCAUCCCUGACAGCUCUAGUAUUUACCACCUUCACCAUGCAGUAUCCCUUCUGCAAAUCUCGGCAGAUCAGACACCUGUUCUGUGAGAUCCCUCCAUUGCUAAAGCUGGCUUGUGCAGAUACAUCCACAUAUGAGCUCAUGGUUUAUUUGACAGGCGUCUCUGUGUUGAUUCUCCCUCUUACUGUUAUUCUGGCCUCUUAUGUGCGAAUACUUUAUAGUGUACUCCACAUGCCAUCAAAUGAGGGCAGGAAGAAAGCCCUCGUCACCUGUUCUUCCCACCUGACUGUGGUUGGGAUGUGGUAUGGGGGUGCUUCAUUCAUGUAUGUUCUUCCUCAUCAAUUCCACAGUCCCAUACAAGACAAUGUCCUCUCUGUUUUCUAUACUACUGUGACUCCAGCUCUGAAUCCUCUCAUCUACAGUUUGAGGAAUAAGGAAGUCACUGGGGCUUUAAGGAGAAUUCUUGGAAAACGCUUGUUGCCAACACAAUCUACUUUCUAG